UCAAUUCUGCAAGUGGUUCUGAUUUACUAUCGCUGUUCUCCAGCUGGUCUAAAACAGCUUUUGACCUAAAGGGACGCUUUUUGGACGCCAUGGACGUUUCUCUCAGUUUCCAGGCAAUAAGAACAGUAUAAAUGCAGGCAGGGCACAGGACAAAGCACUAGGGACAAAAUGUAUGUGAAAUGGUUUGAUACAUGACUGUCACUUUUUGUCAUUUUCAAAUUUCCCGCCGUUCUGUCCCCCGUACAUCCCAACGCUCGCAGGGGACGGAACCCAGAAGACAGAUGCCGGCAUCCGCCGGAUUACAUUGCAGGGGACACUGCAGGAGGGAC